AUGGCUGGCCACGCUACGAGCCGUGUCUGCAUCAUUCCUUCACAGCUUCCCCCACACCAAGCAGCACCGGCCACACCUCCUGUCGAUGCAUUCUCUGCCGCCUCACCGUCCGUCAUGAUGAACCCCUCCGUCGACGCAGCGGUGAGCCGGACGUCAUGUACCGGUACCCCUCCCGUCAGUGGGUUCCACAUCCGGCCUCCGUUCCUCUAA